AUGCUCGUGCGUUCUUCUCGAAACAAUUUUGUACGGUCCUCCUCAGCGGAGACCCCCCUAGGCCUCUUCGCAAACCACUCUACGGGAUCGGUACUCAUCUCGGGUUCUGUUGACAUGGUCUUCAUCACGCCCCUGAUUUCUACCGCCGUUCUUUGCCUUGUCGGCACUGCCGUUGUCGCUCUCCCCGCUCCUCCUGCGGGUGAGGUUGAUAUCAAGGCUGCCGUUCACUCGCCGCCCCGAAAGCGUUACAGCCCCUCGGCCCCAUACUGGGUGGAAUACUUCGAUGCGUAUGCAUCGGGUGUGACCGGCGCCCCGCCGGUCUCUGACGUAUCGGGAUAUAAUGUUUUUAUCCUCGCGUUCCUCCUGAUCGAGGGCGCCUGGGAUAACGCCGAAGGCUGGACCCAGCUUACUGCGGAUGAGCGCUCGUCAACGAAGGCAGAUUACAACGAUGCGGGUAUCGCGCUCAUGGUCUCUUGCUUCGGCUCAAGUGAUACGCCGACCACGAGCGGCGCGGACCCGACGGGCACCGCCAAUACCAUGGCGGCUUGGGUCACCGAGUACGGUUUGGACGGUAUUGAUGUCGAUUACGAGGACUUCGACGCGUUCGAUGCUGGAACUGCCGAAGCUUGGCUGGUAACGUUUACAACUCAAUUGCGUAGCCAACUCCCUGCGGGAGACUAUAUCAUCACACAUGCUCCGGUCGCGCCUUGGUUCUCACCCAGCAUAUGGACGAACGGAGGUUACCUGCAGGUGGACUCACAAGUCGGGAACUUGAUCGAUUGGUACAACGUUCAGUUCUACAACCAGGGAAGUUCGGAGUACACGACGUGCUCUGGUCUGCUCGACUCAUCAAGCUCUACCUAUCCCGAGUCGGCGCUGUUCCAGAUCUCCGCUAACGGCGUCACCCUGGACAAACUUGUCAUUGGCAAGCCCGCGACGACUGGCGAUGCCAGCACCGGCUAUAUGGACCCUUCUACACUGGCGACGUGUGUAGAAGACGCCCAGAACGACGGCUGGGAUGCCGGUGUCAUGGUCUGGCAGUACCCUGAUGCUGGAACGUCAUGGAUUACCACUGUCCGCUCUGACUCCUGGCCUGUCUAG